CAUGGGAUUAACCAUGAAGCUUCAUCACUUCUCCCCUUGUUCUUGGGAUGAGCCCUCUCUCUCCCUUGCUUGCACGAAGCGCUUACGACCUCCUCCGCCCACCUCCGCCGCUUCAACGCUCACCGCUUUCGACCUCAAGACCUUCAUCAAACCUGAUACUAAGAAAGACCCGUCUUCCCCUCGGACCGGAGUUGUGGAGAUGCAACCAGGGGGCACACGGUGGAACCCGACGCAAGAACAGAUAGCGAUAUUGGAGAUGCUUUAUAAGAGAGGAAUGAGGACUCCCAAUGCUCAACAGAUUGAACAAAUUACUGCACAGCUUGGGAAGUACGGGAAGAUUGAAGGAAAGAAUGUGUUCUAUUGGUUUCAGAAUCAUAAAGCUCGAGAGCGACAGAAGCAGAAGCGCAAUACUCUUGGUCUUGCUCACUCCUCCCCCGUAACUCCGACGACAACCAUCGUCACGGCCGUCCCCUUCGACCCAUCGGGAGGGGAAGAUAGUCCGUACAAGAGGAAGUGCAUGAACUGGGGGUUUGAAUGUUUGGUUGAAGAUAGAACUCUGGAGUUAUUCCCUUUGCACCCAGAAGGCAGAUGAUGAACGUGCAGCUUUUUUUUUUUUUUUUUUUUUUUUUUUUAAUUUUAAUUUUAAAUUAUGUGAGUUUCGAGAAAGAAGAAAAAACAAAUGAAAGCCCCCCAACAAAAUUCUGUGAAAAUUGAUGGGUUUUUAGGUUAAAAGUUGAGAGAGGUAUUGAUGCUACCUUGUUCUUCGUGUUCUUCGUUUUAGAUUCCGUACGUAAGUUGCGUAAUUGCUUCAUA